CUUGGAGCGCGCGGGACACGCCGCAGGGCUGGAGCGGGGCGGGGCCAGACACCUGGGUCCCAGCCCAGCCCCUGCACAGGGCGGGUCCCGGCUGCAGCCGCAGAGCGAGGAGCUGGCGCGAGCGGGAGGCGGCCCGGGGAGGCACGAGCCGCGGGGCAGGAAGUCGCUGCCCGGGCGGAGGAAGCGGCCGGGGCCGGAGCCGAGCCCGGCUAUGGCUGCAGCGGGGCCGGCGCAGCUCCAGGUGGCGUUUGAGGACGUGGCUCUGUAUUUCAGCCGGAGGGAGUGGGAGCUCUUAUCCCGGCCAGAGAAACAGCUGUACCGGAACCAGAUGCUGAGAAAUUACCAGGCCCUUGUUUUCCUGGGCUCUUCAGGUUCCACACCGGACUUAAUCCACUGGAUCGAGGUAGGGGAGGCAGAGCUCUGGAUCCGGGAUGCCGAGGCGCCAGGGAAAGCUCCGGGCCAGAGAGCCCCUCCUCAGCAGGGCCUGGGAUCCCGGGAGAAACGAGGAGACAGAGUGAAUGUGGGAGAGCACAGAAGGUGAGCAGGAUCCCACAGCCCACACGAGGAUCAAUAUGCUGGGUAGACUCAGUCAGAGACCAGACCUGGCUACGCACCAGACACUCCCCAUGGGCCGGCGUCCCCACCACUGCAUCGACUGUGGCAAGAGGUUUAUCAACCCCUCUGCACUGACACAGCACCGGCGCACGCACACUGGGGAGCUGCCACAUCGCUGUGCUGACUGCAACAAGGGCUUUGCAGACAGCUCAAAGCUGAGAAUACACCAGCACACACACUGGGGAACGGCCGUACCGCUGUGCUGACUGCGGCAAGGACUUUGCAUGCAGCUCAAGCCUGAGAGUGCACCAUCGCAAACACUCCAGGGAGCGGCCGCACCAUUGCACUGACUGUGGCAAGAGCUUUAUGCAGCUCGGAA